AUGGCGUGGUACGAGGGAGACCUUCAGAAGGCCAUCGCUGAGGAAGAUUGGCCAAAGGUGCUGGCGUACUUCGAGGUUGUCAACACCGCUAGAAGCGACUCGUCUCGGCCUGCCAUGUACCAAUCCUCCUCGAGCCGCAUGCAGAGGGAGCUCUUCAGCCCCCUCUCGGUGUGGGCGCAGUCGAUGAGCAUCAAGGGGACCGGAGCCAAGCUCCGGGCAUUGUUGUCCCAGGAGGAGAAGUUGGAGCAAGCUAUGGCCAGCCUUGAGAAAGCGGCCAGCGGGAAGAGUCUAAAGGAAGGGGAGAGCCAAGGCCAGGCGGCAAAAGCUGCGUGGGAGGCGGGAAGGGACGCGCUUCAGGAGUAUGUGGAAGUCGCGAACAAGGGGAUGGUUCGCUCGUUGAGGAAGAUCGACACACCGUUUUCUACGUAGUGCGGGUAGAGCACCCUCCUUCAUUCUGCGGUCGGAGAAAGGGACGUUGCACGGACCCAGCCAGCAAGGCAGCCAACCUGGCAACCAGAUGAAUCUUGUAGUCUGCAGUCGAGUUGUAAUCGGCCUGGUCUGGCCCCUGUCCUCUUGCUGAAGGUUGCUAGCCUUUCUUUUUUUGGACGCAGAGCGCGCCGCAACUUCGGGACUUUGGGGGGGGAGAAGCUCAGGCCAUGCUUAUUGAGGUUAUUGCUUGAACCUUUGGGGACCCAGUGUUGUCGAUGUUGGGUUGCCCCGUAGGGAAAACGAAGACCGGGGACCCUCGCUGAAAGGACGGUCCUGUUGUCGACUAAUUUCGCGCGUACUUGUGUCCGCCACGUCCUUUUGCCAUAUGGUGUGCGUACCUUCUCGCGUGGCCCUUUUGGCGAUUGUCUUCAUGGCUGCCGGACCCAUUGACUUUGGGCCCAAAUCUUGUCCCGGACCUUUUUAUUUGUAGGAGCAUAGUUCUCAUCGCGCGAGGAGUUGGAGGAACUUUGUUGCAGGUAUUCGUGGCCUACACACUAGAUACAUUACAAC